AGCAAAGAGGUCAAAGAAAAGGAAGAGCGAAGUGACUCGUUGGAAUUGAAUUGAGUUGACUCGGUGUGUUAGUGAUGGCCGAAGAGGUGACUCGGAUAAUGGUGGCCGUGAACGAGUCGAGCAUGAAGGGUUAUCCGAACCCUUCAAUUAGCAGCAAAGGGGCUUUUGAAUGGACCAUUAACAAGAUCGUUCGUAGCAACGUCUCUUCCUUCAGUCUUCUCUUUCUUCACGUUCAAGUUCCUGAUGAAGAUGGUUUUGAUGACAUGGAUAGUAUCUAUGCAUCACCUGAAGAUUUUAAGAACAUGAAGCAGAGGGAUAGAAUUAGAGGGAUUCAUCUGCUGGAAUACUUCGUCAAUAGGUGUCAUGAAAUUGGGGUGGCAUGUCAAGCAAAGAUAAUGCAGGGUGAUCCCAAAGAAGUAAUAUGUCAUGAGGUGAAACGGUUAAGGCCUGAUCUUCUGGUUGUGGGUAGCCGAGGUCUUGGCCCUUUCCAAAAGGUGUUUGUUGGCACUGUGAGUGAAUUUUGUUGGAAGCAUGCUGAAUGUCCUGUUAUUACUAUCAAACGCAACGCAGAUGAAACUCCUCAGGACCCUGUUGAUGACUGAUAUUUUGUUAGGCACCAAAUAUUGAAGAUAGAUUACCUAUGCUUAUCUAGUUAAAAGAAAAACAAUAAUUGAAUAUCAUUUAAGAAAAUAUGUGGAGAUUUUCAACUUUUGGUACUUUCUCGCCUUUGUUCCUUCAAUCCUCAGUCUGUAUUUUCAAGAUAUAUUAAUUUCUUUUAGUGUACAAAGCUAUCUGCUUAUGCCAAUGUUGUUUGUGAGUAUGAGAGUUUGAUGAUGUAAUAUGACAUCCUUAUCCUUCAAUGUGAUGUAUUCGAUGAAUGAAUUGCAGUAUCUUGCAUUGCCAAAAUAUUUUGCACGGUACGGACAAUAUCACAUUAUUAUUAUUAUUAUUAUUAUUAUUAUGUU